GUUGUUUUCGCGCAGUGAAUCAGCUGGUUAUUGCUGAAAAAGGGGCAGAGAAAAACCGCUGCACACGAGAGAACUAUGGACCAACGCAGUUCGGAAGGUGUCUACCGAAAGGAGAAGGCGACCGCAUUUCUCUUCCAUAGCGUUUUCCAUAAUUGACGCCAACAAGCAAAUCAAAAAGGAUGUUUCUUUCACACCUCCUUGCUCACCAAGGCAUCCGAGGAUUCUAAAACAUGAUAGUACGGAAAUGAGCUUCAGCAAUAAUAUUUCUAUACAAAGCGAUACAGGUUCCAUAAAGAAUGGGAAAAUUGAGGAACACUUAGAUGAUUACCCUUGUAGUACAAAUCCCGAGAAGAUUAUGUGUGUUUUAGAUGAAGACACGUAUUCAGCUGUUCACAAAGCAGACUUCGCCACAGUCUUCAAAAGCGGUCUGAUGUACAAAGGCAUCUACUGGCCCAGUUUAACAAACAGCUUCCACUGCAAGCACUUAGAAUUGGCGUAUUUAAGAUACAGUCACAGACAAAGACAGAAGGCGUUAAUUAUCGUCAACAUUGUGGAUCUACUGUUGAAGAUCGCUCUGAUCCUGGUUUGGACAGUCUUCAACAAUUACCAGAUAGAUCCUAGGAAAUACGCCGACGUGAUAAUAUGGUCAGUAUGUUGCAUGUCGAUCAACAUAGCCGUGUGCGUUCUAGGAUGGUGGAGGUGUUUCGCCAAUAAUUACUUGCACUGGGCCGCCGUAUGCACAUGGUUCCUUCUGACAGUCCAAAGUCUUGGUGGACGUGCUGUAGGAUUUUCAGAUAAAGAAGACUUGGUAUGGUACGUUUUAUUCACGAUUUUCGUGCAGUAUGCGAUGUUGCCGCUUCCUCUGCGGUGGUGCAUGCUAGCAGGAGGAUUGUCUUCCAUUGGACAUAUAGUCACCAUUUCUGUAUACAUGUUCAUUUUUGAUAGUAAGAGGCACGACCACAUGGAAUGCAAAAUCCGAAUGAUAGUGGCGAACACCUUGCUGUACAUUUGCGUGAAUUUUGCGGGAAUGUACACGAAGUACCUCACUGACAGGAGUCAAAGGAAGGCUUUCCUAGAAACGCAUCGAUCUAUGGAGAUGAGGUAUCGGACACAAAAUGAAAAUGACAAGCAGGAAAAAUUGCUUUUAUCAGUUUUACCCGACUUUGUGGCAAGGGAAAUGAUCAAAGAUAUAGAAAGAGAAGAAAAAGGUGGCGCUUUCCAAGUCCAUCAGUUCCACAAGAUUUACAUCCACAGAUAUGAGAAUGUUAGCAUAUUGUUUGCUGAUAUCAAAGGUUUUACCGCUUUGGCAAGCAAGUGUACAGCUCAAGAGCUGGUGAAGAUUCUGAACGAACUGUUCGCCAGAUUCGACAGACUUGCUCAGGAAAAUUACUGUUUGCGAAUAAAACUCCUCGGGGACUGCUAUUACUGCGUGUCAGGGUUACCAACUCCAAGAUCGGAUCAUGCACACUGCUGCGUAGAGAUGGGAUUGCACAUGAUCAAGGCUAUCAAGGACACAAGGCAACGAACACAGGUGGAGAACCUGGACAUGCGGAUAGGCAUUCACUCUGGAUCAGUACUUUGCGGUGUUCUGGGUCUAAGGAAAUGGCAAUUUGACAUUUGGUCUUCUGAUGUAAGAUUGGCUAACCAUAUGGAAUCUGGAGGAAAGCCUGGGCAAGUGCAUAUAUCUGAAUCCACAUAUCAAUCUUUGAAUGGCGCUUAUGAAGUAGAACCAGGCAAUGGGCAGGAAAGAGAUGCCUACCUUAAAGAACAUAGGGUUGUGACGUAUCUGAUCAAGCAAGUUGAACCUAUGAGAAGCAGGAGAAGACUAGCUUCUAGACCAAGUAUAUUUUCAAACAAACUUUGGCCAGAUGAUGAUCUAAAAAGCGGGAAUACAACUCCUAAAAGUCCUUCCACCCCUGUUUCUAUCCCAAUGCAGUCUCCAGAAGAGAGAAGUGAUAGUGGGAUACAACAAAGUGGGAUAGAUGAUGAGAAUACAACAGAUUGGACGCCCGAAAUACCUUUUGAAAAUUUGCAUCGUACACUGUCAAAUGAGCUGGAAGAAGAAACUGAAACUGUCUCAUAUAAACAAAAAUAUGAUACCGUCGAGAAGUACAAAAAGAGAAACUCCACUUUCAUUCCCACUGUAGAACAGGUGGAUGAUAUCAUAGAUCAUAGCAUUGAAAUUGAAAGCAAUAAAAGAAUGAGAAAUGCUAACGUUAAUCCGUGGACCCUUAGGUUCAAAGAUAAGGACAUGGAACUUAAGUUUAGUCAAUUGAGGGAAGAUAUGUUCAAAUCCAACAUGAUGUGCUGCUUCGUUAUUUGGUUGUUCAUAGUGAUUUGUCAAGCAAUUAUAGUAAACUUGGCGCAAUAUUUUGUGGUGAUAUGUAUCAUACUAACCACCCUAAUACUAACUUCCAUAUCAGUACUAGUGAUGGCCGAAGAAUUUGAACAACUUCCAGUGUCGUUGCAAAAAAUAUCCUCGACUUUCAUGCACAACAGAAGAAGAAGGACACUUCUGAUAUGCGGAGUGAUAAUUCUGAUGUCAAUAAUGAGCUCAAUAACCCUUAUCAAUAUUAGCGAAAAUCCAAAUUUAAAUAUCACAGAAUAUAACAGCAAUCCUUUAGUUGGAGCACGGGUGUUGAACGUGAACGUCCAAGCAACUGUUCACAACAACUUUACGAUUAACGUUGAGAAUAAGCCGAAUUGUACCGAUAACUGUCUCAAAAAGCUAAUAGGAAACAUAGAUAUAGAUGGAAUACUUAAAGAUGCUGAAAAUAUCACGAAAUUGGCGAAUAAGACGAACACAGUUUUGCAAAGCCUCAAUUUGAAGCUGUCCAAUCUGUCUAGGAGUUUGAGGUUCAAUAGGAGGAGGAGAAAAAGGAGCUUGGUGGUACACAACAUAACUUCGAUCGAACCAGACUCCGAGUCUGAGACCAACGAUACAUUCGGUGGGUCCAUCAACAUGCUCAGACCAAACUGUAAACACCCAGAGUACAUUGUCUUCACGUGGGUGUUAUGUAUGGUAGCUUUAGCCACGGCUCUGAAACUCUACUACCUCAUCAAGCUCUUUUUGGCCAUACUGAUGGUUGUAAUAUACACGUCGCUGAUACUUAGGCCUACAGAUAAUAUCUUCAGGUUCUUCACCAGCAACCCAAAAGCGGACAUUCCAAUGUCUUCCCAGAUGUUGAUCUUGCUCAACGUCUUUUUCUUGAUGGUGGCAUAUCAUGCUAGACUCGUGGAAGUGACUUCAAGACUGGACUUUCUUUGGAAGCAACAGGCAGAACGGGAAUUGAACGAUAUGGAAGAAACGAGACAUAAUAAUACGCAGCUUUUGAAAAAUAUUCUACCCGAUCAUGUGGCACAACAUUUUCUUUCUAGUGAAAGAAACAGCGAAGAACUAUAUGCUCAGUACAGGGAAGAAAUCGGUGUACUCUUUGCAAGUAUACCAAACUUCACGGACUUUUAUUCUGAAGAUAUCAAUAAAGGCGUGGAAUGUAUUCGCCUUCUGAACGAAAUAAUUGCUGAUUUCGAUGAACUUCUAGAUGAAGAGCGGUUCAGUACCAUCGAAAAAAUAAAAACUAUCAGUGCUACCGCAACGUACAUGGCUGCAUCUGGGUUGAAUCCGUCACAUAAGGAUCUGCGCAAUUCUGACAGCCCGGAACAUUUGUGUGCCCUGGUAGAUUUUGCCAUGGAGAUGCGCGUCAAACUAGACGAAAUCAACAAGGACUCGUUCAAUGACUUCGGUCUACGCGUAGGAAUUUCGUGCGGACCCCUCGUAUGCGGAGUGAUCGGAGCAAGAAAGCCAGUUUUUGACGUAUGGGGCGACACCGUCAAUCUGGCUAGUCGCAUGGACUCCACUGGUGUCAUGGGGACCAUACAGGUGCCAAAGGAAACUGCACAGAUGCUAGGUAUGAGAGGGUAUGAAUUAAAAAAGCGUGGAAUAGUAGACGUCAAAGGAAAGGGCUUGAUGGAGACCUACUACGUGACAGGAAGGCAGGUGAAACGCCCUCCAAGUUUUCAAAGACAGCCAAGCCAUCCUAGCAGCUUGGCAGCUGUCGUAUACGCAUUAGCACAGACUAGGAGAAAACAUACUGUCAACACACCUGGUAGUGCCGUUUUAGGGCGCGCAAGGACACAGCAAAGAGCAGAUGGUAGGAGAAUUAUCAAUUAUAGUUCCAUGAGACUUUCGCAGAGACCAGGAGGAUAUCCGAUCAGAAGAAAUACUACCAGGGCUCAUCAAAAACAAAUGCACGCUAGAUCCCAACCGAACAUGCGUCAACUGUCAGGCUCAGGCACGUACUUGGAGAACAUGAAGUCCAUGCGAUCGAUCGACCAUGAUCCUAUUCCAAAUAACCAUCACAAAAUGGCGGUGUCCCAGUCUGCUCCUCACACGCCAGUUUCAGCUACCAGCCAUGAAGGGUCCAUCUUCAAAUCAGUGCCAAGGUUGUUGUCGGAGCCUAUCGUGAACAGAUCCAAAAGCUGUUCUCCUGGCUCAAAAGGUCACAGAGACAGAAAACUGGACUCGUACGCCAACGAUCUCAAUGACAGCUUCAAGAUAAAGAACACGAAUGUAGUAGCAGCACAGUCUCCAAAAAAGAAAGAUAGUAAGUUUUCUCUACGAUCGCCAUUGAUCAAAAGAGAAACCAAAGUGCAAGUUGAUAGAGAUAGGUUGAAUAAGGUUCACUCUUUGGAUGGGACUCAUGUUUAGGUGUAACUAGUUGGUAAAUCUGACCAAUCGAGUAAUCAAGCAAUUGUUGAAGUGAGAUUUGUAACUAUUAGUUAAAAGAUUAAAUCAAUAAAGUUGGACCAAAAUUGAUGCAUCGUCCAUGUCAGUAUUAUAUUAGAUUCUUAAUAUUUAUUUCUGUACUUAGAGAAGGAUUCAACAAAUUCUUUUGUCCUGCAAUUAUACAAUAGCCCAGUCAUAAUGGGAUUUAAAAUCACAAGUUAAAAUUUAAUGUGUUGAUAAUUUUCAGCAAUAAAAAUCUUAAGCAGUUUUUUCUCAAGUAUUUUAUAAAUGUAUAAGUAUCAUAAUGUGAGUAAAAGUUUUUUUUAUUAUUUUGGCUACAUCAUAUUACAGAAUAAAUUAAUUUUGACUGUACAGAUUCAAAUUCACUUUACAUUUUUCAUAUUUCUAGCCUUUUUUACUCAAUUCCAAUUUAUACUAUCAUUAUUUUCUGAAGCAGACGUACUAGUAGAUUUUAUGACAUCGUCUGUGUUAUUGUGGUAAAUCAAAAAAAACAUUUUAAGAGAAGUUGAUGUAAUAUUUUUCUAACAUAAAACUAUUGACUUUGAGUAUAAAAGAGAGUAAGAAAGGUGAACAGUAGAGCAGCAUAACAUUUGUUCUGCAGAAAAUGCACAACAUUGUGAUGUUUUAGAAUUUGAUGUUUCCAUUAUCAAAUACUUUAGAUUAUAAUUACGUUAAUUUUAUUGUCAUGGUAAACUUAUUAACAAUAUAUGGAAUAUGUAUGUGUAAUGAAUGUAUUUUUUUAAGC